ACCGGCCAGGGUCGUGCGCCGCCCGCUCUCCUUCGCGAGUCCGCCGCGCGCCGCUGUGUGUAUGUGUGUGUGUGUGUGUGAGAAAGGGAUAGAGCGCGCGCAUACGUCAGGCAGCCGCCACGCGAAAACGUGCCCCACGUUGUCGCGCUCUCGUCGUUCGCGCGUGUGUUCCUCGCGUACGCCGGUGUUUCGAUCAACAAUACACACGGGACAUCUCUUCUCGUGAACGAGCUCCGCGAGGGUGCGUGUGGCGGCGAUUUUCCGCAGCACUUGACAAGCACACGCACAGACGACGAACUCCGCGGAAGUGCGUCGGUAAAUUCGCUCGCGUUGUCGCCAUAACAGCGUCGUUCGCGGCAAUCAGCGUGACGUUGGCCGCGCGUCCGAACUAACGGGUGGAAGAGAUCGUUGAGUUCGUCUCUACUUGUGAGCCACGUCGGUUCGUUCUCGGGGAGGAAAACGCGACACAGCGAACGGGACCAGAGCAUGAGGACGGACAGCAAGCUGCAGCUCGAUCACUGCCAAUUGCUCGCCGGCGCACAGAGCGAUCGACGCGCGACGACGUCAACGACGACAACACGACGUCAGCGAGGUUAAGGUAAUCGCGCGCGUUCGUCGCGACGACACUUGUGUCACUUGUCGUUUUAAAUGGAGGAACAAAGUUGCCGGCAACGUAGUUCCUUCUCGCAAUCGUCGUUCUUAUCGCUCGAUAUUCUCCGCGCUAAACGCGUAUCGGACGCGCUCUAGAGAGGAAGAAAGAGUGAGUGAUUGAGUGAGUGAGAGAAAGAGAGAGGAAGCAUAGAGCGAAUGAAAAAUCCGAUAACGACGGAUCGUUUUCCGCCUGGCAGGUAACAUCACGCGUCAGUGUCGUCCUCCUCGUACCCGUCCGUGAGCGGCGACGCAGGGAAAGGGUCACCCGAGUCGAACACGAGGCGGGCGCGCGCGUACUCUUUCAAAGACGAUCGCGCAAUUCGAAUACGCCAUUUUGCGCGCCGGUGAUCAGCCGCGGCCAGAGUGCUCGUCGACCUGCAUACGUGCAAAAGGGCACACGGACAUACCGUCGGGCGUAGCUGGAUGCUCUUGGCAGCUGAGGACGUUCUCUCUCCCUCUCACGUCGUCGUCGGGACGUCCGUAAUUCGCGCGCGCACCAAGACGAUCUCGAGCUGUGCGAGAGAGAGGGACAGAUACAGAGAUAGAUCGUCUUCGACGUGAUCUGCCGUUGACGUGACCUAGCCUAACGUAACUUUCGUCGCCACACCGGUCGGUGCUCCUCCGACGAGCUUGUCGCGUGUGUUAGUGUGUGUGUGUACGAGCAAGCCCUCUACUGCCGCCCUGUGUACCUUCCGGACCUCACCUGCGACUAUCGGAUGGGCCUGUGGACUUCACGCAUCGGCUGCUGUUGCUGUGGCGGACUGGUUCGUCGACCAACGUCGAAGAUGCAGUAAUAGGUUGGACUUGGCGGACAGAAGUCACGACAUUCGGUCAAGCUCGUCAAGGAAUACUCUCGAAGAAAAGCAAAUUGACCGUGCUUGACUUUCUGGAACAAUUGCGAAGGAUCUCAGUGCUACUUGUACUUCUUGAAUCACGCAUCAAAUUUUCGUCUUCAUUUUCCUCGAAACGUACUGUGUAUAACAUACAUAUGUGGCUACUGUGAAAAAGGAGAUCGACGCGUGCUGUGACCGCCCGGCGACCAUCACGAUGCCAGGAACGUGCUUGAUGACCGAUGCGGUCAGGGCCGCGGAUAGUUAGUGAUGAGGAGGAGCGAGUUAUCGGCGUGCCGACGGCCCAGGUCACCAGUAACAUGCCAGUCCUUGGUGCCACCAGCGCCGAGCCGACUCCACUUCGAGGACUUCUGAUCGCCGCCGCCGUCCUAUUGUCCCUGCCGCGUGUCUGCCGCUGCACGGAUCCAGGACAAUGCACCGCGGCGUUGGGCAUGGAGACCGGAGAAAUCCCCGAUGAGGACAUCACGGCGAGUUCUAUGUACGAUCCCAGCCUCGGACCGAAGCAUGCCAGGUUACGGCAGGACAAGGCCGGCGGCGCCUGGUGUCCGCGUAACAUGGUGACCAAGGAGGGCAAGGAGUACCUGGAGGUGAACCUGCACAGUCCGCGACUAUUGACAUCGACCAGGACUCAGGGCAGAUUCGGCAACGGCAACGGGGUCGAGUACACUGAGGAGUACUUUAUCGAGUAUUGGCGGCCGGGGUUCAACAAGUGGGUGCGAUGGAAGAAUCGACGUGGCAAGGAGCUGUUGGCGGGCAAUAACAACGCGUACACGGAGAAGGAGCAGAUCUUCGACCCGGCCAUAGUCGCGACCAAGAUCCGCUUCAUCCCUUACACCUCUCACAUGCGCAUAGUGUGCAUGCGCGUAGAGCUGUACGGCUGCCCAUGGACAGAGGGUCUCGUCUCGUAUUCCAUGCCCCAAGGAAUCAAGAGGGGCUCCGAGGUUGACCUUUCCGACAGAACGUACGACGGCCGGGAAGAAGGAGGUUACCUCUCCGGGGGACUUGGUCAACUCGUCGACGGGCAAAAGGGUCCCGACAACUUCAGAUUGGACGUCAGCGGCAACGGCAAGGGCUACGAGUGGGUCGGCUGGCGGAACGACACGCCCAACAUGCUCGGACGUCCGGUGGAAAUAACUUUCGAGUUCGACUACUCGAGGAACUUCACUGCCAUACACCUACACAUGAACAAUUACUUCACGAAGGACGUGCAGGUUUUCUCGUACGCGAAGGUCUACCUUGGCAUGGGCGGCAAUCAGUUCACCGGCGAGCCCGUCCACUUCUCCUACAUACCCGACCAGGUGCUCGAACAGGCGCGCGAGGUCACCAUCAAGCUGCACGCGCGCGCCGGCCGCUUUCUCAAGUUGCAGCUCUACUUCGCGGCGCGCUGGAUCAUGCUCAGUGAAGUGAUCUUCGAGUCAGUUAUCUCCGAAUGGAACAACACCGAGGACGAGGAGGCGAAGAACAAGAGUGCCAUUGUGCUCGCGACUGGCAGCCCCUAUCAGAAUAACGAGGGUCCACUGCAGAGGGACGAAGUGAAGGCCACUUUUAAUAAGGAAGAGAGCAAAGAUAACGCCUUUCCAGAUAAGAGCAAAGAGCCAGAAUCGAAGCAAUUCGUCGGCCUGGUGAUCGGCAUCCUGACGACCGUGAUCGUGAUGCUGCUCGCAGCGAUCACGUUCAUUUUCUACAGAAACCGCAGGCUCAAGGCCGCCCUCGCGCCAUCGACCUUCUACGAUCAGCAGGGUGAUCAUCUUAAGGUUUCCGUGCAGGAGCAGGGUGAGCACAAGGGACCAAUUUGCCCUCCGCUUCCGACGCAGUACCAUUCGACCGCCUACAGCACGACGACGCCGCAGUUACACAAACCCGUCACGGAUUAUGCCGGGAUCGGCGAGCCGGUGCAGCCGGUUAUUCCGCUCCUGCUCAACUCGGCGAUCAAUCUCGCCCGGCCAAUUCCGGCAGCCCAAGAAUACUCGUCUAACCCGCCGCCGCCCAUACCACCGCCGCCGGAGAAGUAUUACACCAAUACGGACAUCUGCAAGAAUCCUUUACCACCACUGCCACCAUCACCGACGCCGAGCACGCCACCCCCAAUGAGCGCGAAAGCCUCCAGCAGCAUGACUAGCUACAGUCCGGAGGAUAUGCUCACGGAGGAGGAGGAAGAGAUCCCCGAGUGUAUCUUCGACUUUCCGCGGGAGAAGCUCAGCAUCGUUGAAAAUCUCGGAUGCGGAUACUUCGGCGAUGUUCACAUCUGCGAGGUCGACAGGUUUCCCGGAUACGAGGAGAUCUUCAAGAAUAUCUCCAGCGACCUGGUGCUUGUUAAAUCCUUAAGACCGGGGUCCUCCGAUGCUAUUAGGAUAGAAUUUCAACAGGAGGCGAAGAGGCUGGUACGAAUCGCCGAUCGAAACGUCGCGCGGCUACUCGGUGCCAGCCUCGAGGACGAUCCCAUGUGCAUCGUAUUGGAAAACGGCGAGUACGGGGAUUUGAAUCAAUACCUGCAGAGUCACAUCGCCGAGACGUCGAGCAUGCACACGGCCAAGACCCUCAGUUUCGGCACAUUGGUUUACAUGGCCACGCAAAUAGCAUCCGGCAUGAAGUAUCUUGAGGAAAUGGACUUCGUGCAUCGGGAUCUCGCCACAAGGAAUUGCAUAGUGGGUCGCGGAUGCAUCGUCAAGAUAUCCGAUUUGGGCAGCGGACGGAGUGCAUACGCAGCGGAUUACUUCCGUGUCGAAGGACGACCGCCGUUACCGAUCCGAUGGAUGGCGUGGGAGUCAAUGCUAAUGGGAAGGUACACAUGCAAGGGCGACGUGUGGGCGUUCGCCGUGACCCUGUGGGAGAUCCUGACGUUCGCGCGGGAGCAGCCCUUCGAGGAAUUUCCGGAUCAUCGAAUAGUGGAGAACGCGACUCACUUUUACGAGGAGGAUAAGCGAAGGAUGAUACUGCCGCUGCCAAAGAACUGCCCGAAGGAGAUCUACGAGCUGAUGCGCGAGUGCUGGCAGAGGAACGAUGUCGACCGGCCGACGUUUCGCGAGAUUCAUCUGUUCCUGCAGCGCAAGAACCUCGGCUACAAACCCGGCGAGUCCAACGAUACCUGAUACAGAGAACUGGAAGGCUGGAACCUGAUCCGGCUUUCUAUGAUCGGCGAGCUCAACGGCAACUGGUGGAACUGCCCAUCAUCGACCAAGCUAGAUCAAGCCAGACCAAGUUAGUACCUAGGUGACGAUCCGCAAAUCGGCACGAACGAAUCAACCAACCCGAGUCGCCGUCGUCGUCGUCGUCGGUUACACGCGCGUUACACGUCGGCCACGUGCCGAUGACGACCGGUGGGAGCGUACGCCACCGCUGUUAUCGUGACACGCUAACGUUGCAGGUAGAGUACAACGCCGGCAUGUCGUCGUAGCGGACGCCUCGAUCCCGGGAUCGAUCCCGUGGUCGAUUUCGCGCGCCGACAGCGCGCUCCCCACGAUUUCUUCUCACACGACGUCGGCGUGGAGUCUCUCCUCUUCGAGCCGCGCGUACGUACAUCGUACACACGCUGUUGUGAAUAGCGUUAGCUAACCGACAACCGGUAUGAAUCGCACAAAUCACUGUCGCCGUAGUAGCAGCAACAGCAGCAGCAGCAGUGCGCACUUCGCGAAGGAGCGCGUGGAUCUCGCGAUUCUCGCGGUUUCUCACGCCAACGAGCGGGCGAAUAGCCGAAGCCGAAGAGCGCACGGGUCGUUAUCACCGUCGAGAGGACGGAUGGGUCGACGUCCGUCCGUCCUGUCGGCCGUCGCUUGCGUAACGUUUGACAAUUGACAAUAGCCGUAACAAUGUUCGUUUCUUAGUUGACGAUUCGCGAUGGAAUUCCAGCCGGGAUCCUAUUUGUAAUUUCGUGAGCCGCGUUACGCUCUACGUGCCCGAGGAUUUAUUAUUCGCGUGUGUGUGCGUGUGUGUAUGUAUGUGUAUGUGUGCGCACUCGUCUUCAUGUAAGUGUUAUAUUGCGAUUUCGAGCAAUGGAACUGUGCGUCCCGGCGCGGGGAUUCCGUCGCGAAUCAGACCGAUCGUCCACGAAGCGGGCGUUAUACGACAAGCGCGCUGCGCUUGUUCACCCUUUGAUCCCGUGCAUCGUUUCUCCCGCCAAUCCCGAGAAUACGAACUGUCAGCGCGGAAAAAAGCUUGCGACACUUUUUUCCUCUCCCAAUGAAUUUCGCAACGCGGAUCUGUCCGAUAGGGAAAUUUGUUUCUCAGUUAUUCUUGGAUCCCGAUCCCGCGGAUGCGUUCCCAAGUUCGUCAGGGUGAAUGUGACGCGAGCUUUCUUCCGUCAUGUUUGUACAAUCGUAACUGUCAUGGUUGACACAUUUAUGUCACAAUUUUUGGUUUCCCAAUUUAUAUUUAUUCUCUCCCAAUUAAAUUCAUUUAACUAUAUUUAUUCUUCUAAUUUAAUCAUUAGAAUUAUUUAAAAUGGCUGCGCGAUUUAAAGCGACAUCACGAUUUAAUCAUUAAAACAAUCAAGUUCUUUCUUUGAACUCCCACAAUCGAGAAAAAACAUUCGAAUGCAAAGAAUCAUUUUUUUUAACUUCUUCAGUAGUAUACCCGAAAUUUAGUGAUAAAAUAAUAAAUUUUUCUUUUAAUUUAAACAUUUUUUUCUAAUCUACAGUAAAUGGAAGUAAAAAUGAAAUAUAUCUCGUAUUCAUAUUUUUAAAAUUUCUAUUUAAAAAAAUAGCAAUAAAAAAGGAGAAAUCUAAAUAUGAAUGAAAAAAAAAGACAAAUGUAAACAUAUCUAAAUCUAGAAAUCUUUAAAAGAAAUUAUCUUAAAGAGAAUCGCGCAGUCGUUUUAAAUCGUUACAGAAAAGAUUAAUGAGACAGAUCAACAGUCUACAAAGAUUUCUCAUUUAUCCCUCAGAAAUAAUGUAGUGCAAUAUUUUCUGUAAUAUUUCCCGACCUAUCAACGGCUAAAUUUAGUUCAUAAGAAACAAAAAUUUCGUUUUCUUCAGUUAAAAUGCGUUUGGCUCGUUUAUUGUAACGUCUAUUCAACGAUCAAGACCUUUUUUCUUCAUGUUCUUCGUAAUAUAAUAUUUUGAUCGCCGUAUGGAAAAAAGAGUGUCAACCACUGAAGCGGCAAGAUUGUACAGUCGAUUCUCGGGCGACUGCCACGCGCUCACUCGAUGCGCGACACUUUCCUUCAUCGCUCGCCCUUCCGACUUGUCUUCGCGCAACCUGUCUCUCCCUCGACUUCGUCACACGUGUUGCCCGCGGAAGUGCGCGUGAACGAGGCGGGCAACGACACGACGAUCGCGGAGAGUGUGCACGGCGAGUAUCGAUGUCGCGCGCGAUCCGAAUGGGAUAGAUUAUGAUUUGAUCCGCGGCAUUCGAUACGAAAUGGAACGUUUCGAAGCGCCGGCAAUACGCGCGGGGAGCACGUUCGAUAAAUCGCGCGCACGCUAUCCCCCUCCCCGAAAUUGAUACUGUCAGCAAACAAGCUUAUGAUAUUCCUCGCCGUAACGGCACUCGUGUCACGUUCGGGAUAUACGCGGGGGAUCGGACUCGAAAAUCGCGCGCCGCACGGCUACGGUGACGUAUCCGCCGGCUCGCUGCGCGGCUCUCGGGAGGAAGGGAAAGGGAAAAAGAGGUGAAAAGAAGCGAAGAAAUGAGAAAAAGGGGGAGAAAAAAGCCCACAUCGGGAGUCGCGGAAUCGCGGAGACAGCGCGUCGACUUUCACUUUCGCCGAGAUCACGGUGUAUCCGUUUUCGCGCGAGCCUUUUGUAUGUCACUUUCGUAUAGACGCGAAAAGAGAUUUUUUUCUCCGCGGGAUAUAGAUCUACACGUAUAUCUAUACACACAUACACACAUAUUAUAUAUAUAUAUAUAUAUAUAUAUAUAUAUAUAUAGAGAGAGUUUUUAAGAGCGAUUAUGCGAGUUGUUUUUAGAAGAACGGAGUGUA